CUAAGAAAGGCAUCCUGCUAGGAGAAAAAGCCGAACAAGCAUCCCCUAGCUUGAGAAAACAUUGGAGCUUCCCCACCAUCGGGUUACCUAUUUGGGCCUUCCGGUGCAGAUGCCCUUUGCCACUUGACGGGGUCUGAACAAUUCAUCCAGCAAAAGCACAACCACAGCGUGCGCGGCAGGAAAUAUGUUGAAGGGUUCUAUUACCCGUCUGAUUUCUCAACUUUUUCUCCCUCCUUAACAACAUUCUCAUCCACUCCCAUAAUUCUUCUCCAGCGCAGCAUACUUUCAACGCUUCAUCCCCAGUUACCCCGCAUCCCCACAUUAUGACAGAAGUAAAGCCCCUGAGAAUAGUAGUUGGUGGCGACGAUGCUGGAUUUGAAUACAAAGCCGCCAUCACAGCAGACCUGAAAGCCAACCCUCUCGUCGCAUCCGUCCACGAUGUUGGGCCACACUCAGCAUCCGACAAAACCGCAUACCCACACUUCGCCGUCGACGCCGCCAAGCUCAUAAAGUCAGGGGAAGCCGACCGCGCACUGCUGAUCUGCGGCACCGGGCUGGGCGUCGCGAUUUCCGCGAACAAGGUCACUGGCAUCCGAGCCGUGACGGCACAUGAUAGCUUCAGUGUUGAGAGGGCGGUGCUGAGCAAUGAUGCGCAGGUGCUGUGUUUGGGGCAGAGGGUCAUUGGGUUGGAGCUUGCGAGACGGUUGGUGAAGGAGUGGUUGGGGUAUCGGUUUGAUCCUAAUUCUGCUUCGGCUGCUAAGGUGGAGGCAAUCAAUAAACAUGACUUGGAGAACUAGAGGAGCGCACUUGGGACAAGGGUUGGAAGACCUUAAAAAGAAGGGUUGAUGUGAGGGAGGGCUCAAAAUCUAGAACUCUUCGAUUUAUCGGAGGCUUAAUUUAACAUCGGACAAAA